AUGCACACAGUAAUAAAUGUCGUGGAAAAGUUGAGAAAAGAAACGGGUCAGGACUGGGUAUUCGUCGGGACUCAACUUCAAUUUGUUAAUCUCAAUCGACUCCCUGAUGGGACAGUGCCGCUACAGGAGCUACUGGAUACAGAACAUAUGGAAGCGAAUCUUCCCUUUCUUACUUGGGAAAGUUUCUUAGAAUACAUCGGCAACGAACGAGGACUUCAUAAAGAUGAUCGACCUACGAUUGUUUUUGAUCAAAUAAUCGAGCUGCAAAAAGACUCGAAAACAGGAGAGAUCCUUUUGAGCGAAGAGAAUGAAGACGAGUUUAUCACUCACAGUGCUUCCAUUGCGAAUUGCUACAUGGAACCGAAAAGGUCGAAAUCAGGAAGAGUCAAAAAAGACUUUUGGGACAUUCCCGGGCUAACAGCUAAGAACUACACCUGUGUUGAUGUUAUUGGAAGUAUAGGAACCGUUGUGAAAAUUCUUGGCGGGCUUGAUGAUAGAAUUGUUGUGCUGAGCAGCCAGAAUUGUGAGGACUGUAUUAAUGACAUUUACAGUGAUGAAGGAGAGGAAGAAUAUCUGAGUUAUGAUGACUUUUGGAACACGUGGAAAUAUAUAAACUUUGCUCAAAGGCAUCGCGAAAUAGCAGAGCAAGAACUCGAAAACCGAAUGGGUAACGAUGCUAAUUAUGUCGGUUUGAUUUGGUAUUCACACUGGUCGGAACAUAACCAGAACUUGCUCCAAGACAGGCACGAUCUCAAGCAAUGGAAAGAGAAGCUUGAUGGAAAUUACUGGAGCACAAGUAUUUGUGACAAGGAGCCCCUUGUCUUCAAAAGCCACGACGUUCAAAUUAGAGAUAUUCAAAUGAUGCAGAAAGCAACGGAUUUCUUUGGACUAUACAAUGAUCGAUUCACUGAAAUUGUUUUUAUCAAGCGAGCACUUGCUGGAGUCCCAGAAGAACGAAAUUUCAAAUACUCCUGCUUGAGUUUCAAAUGCGAAAGCGGAUUUUACCAAGAUGGGGAAUUCCCAAGGCCCAAAAUGAUAAAAGAUGAGCUGUAA